GAGCUGAAACCAUCUGGCGAAAUAACGACCCGCAACUCUGGCGGGAGAAGAUAUGGGAUGUUGGGAAUCUUGAUACACGACGGCGACUUCCACGACUAGAAGCUAUGUCUUCAACUGCCGCCCCGUUUUGUCACAGGAAAGUGCCACCAGGUCUCCAUACUCACCUAUGGGCCCUCGAGACAUUCUGAUAUUGCUUCUUAUCUGUUCUCAAGAUGUCUAUCCAACUUCUACCACCCGACGUUGUUGCUCAAAUCAAGUCGUCAGUCACCAUUACUACCCUCAACGGGGUAGUUUGCGAACUGGUCAAGAAUUCUUUGGAUGCCGAUGCUGCGAAAGUCGAUAUAAGUGUCGACUACAGUAAGGGAAGCUGCUCCGUAGAAGAUGAUGGAUUUGGUAUAUUACCAUCGGAAUUUCAAACCAACGGACAUCUUGGAAAGCUAUACCAUACAUCCAAACUGAAUUCACAUACUCAGGUACACGGCGGUCGUGGUACAUUUCUAGCGUCUUUAUCGGCUCUUGCUUUGGUUUCCAUGACGUCUCAUCAUCAUCUACAUCGAUCUCAUAACAGCCUAACUCUGCACAAAUCCGCAGUAGUCUCUCGUCAGGUACCUGCACCAGAACAGCAGCAUUUAACAAGCAGCCAGGGAACUCGCGUUACUGUUCGAGAUCUUUUCGGAAACAUGCCAGUUCGUGUCAAGCAGAGAGCUCUUGCAGCAGAAAAGGAAAGAGGACAUUUCAAGGACUGGGAGAUGCUGAGGCGAGACAUCAUUGGGCUCUUGCUUCCAUGGCCCAGGGAUGUUGUUGUUAGUAUUCGGGAUUCUCAAACAAAUCACAAGAUGACUGUCCGGCCCUCAUCAAUGCCGUUUCAGUACGGCAGAAUGUCCCGGACCUCGGUGUGCAAUAUACUAGCACAGGCAUCCUUCAUUUCUCAUAAUCAGAAGACUUCUUGGAUAUCUGUUCAUGCAUCGACCCCAGAAUUGGAAAUCAGUGGUGCAAUCUCCAUGGAACCAAUCGCAAACAAACAUGUCCAGUUCUUAUCCUUUGGUAUCCACCCAAUUCUAGCUUCGGACGGCCAGAGCAUUUUCCACGAUGAGAUCAAUCGACUAUUCUCAAACUCGGCUUUUGGAGUCGAGGAAAACGUAGAAGAGAUCGAUGGCGCCGAGCAAGACCGGAGAGCAAAAGAUGGCCGCUUCAGAGGUGAUGGAUAUACAAACAAGGAGCUGAAAGGCGUCAAGAAAGGGGUUGACCGCUGGCCAAUGUUCUUCAUCAACAUUCAGAUAUCCGGUCAAGGCAGGUCAAUAUGUGGAGUAGAAGAUGUACUGAAAGAAAAGAAAAACGCCAUUACGAGCAUAUUAGAGCUUCUGCGAGUCUUGGUACUCGAGUUUCUCACUAAAAAUCACUUCCGUCCAAGAUCCAGCCGAGUUCACCAAUCCAGCAAGACGAGUCAGGCUGCAAUCCCGGUUCAGACAGCUAAAGCAUUUGCCUCUUCUGCACCGGGAAAACACGGCGAAAAAACCCCCAAAAGAUCGUCUGUAGGCAUGAAGGAUGGCUCUGAUACUUUUGGGGCAAAUGUAAGGCUGCCUUCAUUUCGGCAAGGUGUGCCGCUUCCAAAUUCUCCGUUCGACGCUUGGUCGAGAGUGAAGAAAGGCGCCGUAUCAAGACCGACGACUCCCAAAAUCUUCAAGGACCUUGGCGGCUCCGCAACAUCGAGACCUGCGACAGCUCCUCCUCUCUUAUUUGAUGCUUCUACAGCUUCCAAGACUUCAACUCCAUACAGACUCAAAACGAAGCCUCUUCUAUCCAAAGAUGGGAAACUGCUUCGGGCUCCUUUCGACGAUGUCAUCCUGAAACCGGACUCACAACCUUGCCCAACAUCCUCGGCUCCCAACACAUCAUUACGUUCAGACCACACAUCUGAUCAUGUUGAUGACGAAGUAAUCCCAUGGAUCAAUCCAAUGACAAAGGUUCAGACACUUGUCAACAAACGCACAGGCCUAACGAUGAAGUCGACGGGUUAUUUAUCGUUCAGUAGCCAGACACUGCGUUUGACCACUUCCGUUCCAUCCCAGAGACAUUCGCAGGUUCCCCCAAGUCCGUGGAUCAGCGAUCUGCUGAGAACUUGGGAAAAUCCAGUCUUUGCGCCAGCAGAAGCAUCCGUUCCCCAGAUAUCUUUUGAUGUUGGUGAUUCGACAGCCCAAAGCAUUCUGCAUGGUCAUCAACAUCAUUGCUCCCAUGUCGACAUUGAUCGUGUAUUUAGAGAUAUCUCUUCUGGCAUUAACGGCCGCAUAUCAAAAGAUUCUCUCAAGCAUGCCGAUAUCAUAUCCCAAGUGGACCAAAAGUUCGUCUUGGUGAAGUUAGAAUCAACUCGAUCCAAGACGUCGGAUGUAGAUAACGCCAGUAUGCUUGUACUGAUCGACCAGCACGCAGCGGAUGAGCGUAUUCGUGUCGAGGCACUUAUGGAAGAGCUAUGCACACCUUCCGCGUCGGACUCUACGGAGUCUUGCCGCGCAAGAAUUCUAACAGCCCCGCUUCUAAAAUCUCUCCAUUUUGAUCUUUCAAAGAGGGAAACGGAGCUCCUCCAAACUUUUCGGCGCCACUUCUCGGAAUGGGGUAUCCUCUACACUAUCUCCUCUUCUACAACCACAUCCACAGUUUCCCGCCUUACCGUCACCUCCCUUCCCGCCCCCAUCCUCGAGCGCUGCCAAUCAGCCCCCGGCCUACUCAUUGAUCUCAUCCGCACCGAGCUCUGGAAAGUCCACGAGAAUCACACCUCACCAACCCAGCCCCUCCCGCAAGGCGACUGGCUUCAACGAAUACAUUCGUGUCCCCAGGGUAUUCUCGACAUGAUCAAUUCACGGGCAUGCAGAAGUGCGAUAAUGUUCAAUGAUGUGCUGAGUACAGAGCAAUGUGAGACGCUUGUGAGAAAGUUGGCAGAAUGUAAAUUCCCUUUUCAAUGUGCGCACGGGAGACCGAGCUUGGUUCCGUUAGUGGAUCUGGCGGCUUUCAAUGUAGGAGCUGGGAUGAAACUACAAGAGGAGGAGGGAAGUUUUGGAAAGGAGUUUAGGAAGUGGAAAGGGAACUUGGAAGGAAAUUGA